AUGAUAUCAAAAGCUGUUAUAGUAGAGAUUGAUCCCUUGGAUGAAGAACAGCAAAUCGAGUUGUUUCAACUGGAGACGGGCAAGAGUCAAGAAGAUAGUGAAUUAUUCAUCAAAAACUUCGCAUCAAAGGACAUCUUGGAAAAUCCUUUGCACCUUUCUUUGGUUGCGAAGUACGGAGCCGAAGGAAACUUGUACCAAAUUUACGACAAGGUAGUGCGACACAAAGUGGAAGACUCAUUGAACAGGAAAGCAGUUGACAAGAAAAGAUUCGAGUUUGGUGAAAUAUUUGCAGAUGGUUUGAAAGAUCUCCAAAAGUUAGCAAUUAACCACAUCAGAGGAGUUGAACUUAAUGAUUACACGAAAGACGACCUAGAAAAAAACAAUUACUAUGGCAUUGCCUCGUUUCAAAACAACCAUGUUAUUUUCAUUCACCAGACAUUGGCCGAAUUCCUUGCAGCCCAACAUUUCCUACGUGAAAUCGAGAAUAGUGGCGAUUGCGACAUCCAAACCAGCACUGAAGAUAUUGCAAAUUUAUUUUUAGGAGAAUCGUUUUCGUGGUGCAGAACGUUUGUCGAUCUGUUCUAUUCCACAGUUUUGAAUGACGCGGAAAAGAUUGAAUUGCACAAAGCAUCCUAUCUUCCAGUCAUGAAGUUGAAUCCAGAUAGAUUUUUGCAAUUGAUUGUUUCUGGUGGUUGUAUCAAUAUCUUCAAAAUGAUUUAUCAAAACAUCACUUUCAGUAACAACCCAGAGGGAAAUUGUAUUACUGUUGCAAAGGAUAGGACUCUUUUGGUCAAAGCAAUCGAAGGAGCGGAAGAAAUAGCAGUCAUGCUACUCGACAUAGACUUAAUCAACAGUGAUGAUGAGUUGCUUAUAAUUUUACCUCCCCUGUUGAAGACAGUAGCUGAAUCACACGCAUGUCUCUUCUUUGAAAAUCUGGAAACAAAAUUUCCUAGAUUGCCAGAGAUGAUCCACUCUCGAAGAUCUAUAAUAGAAGCUGGAGUGGUUGCCGCAAGUAAUAAUCACGACGAAAUUCUUCAUCUGCUGCUGCAAAAUGGUGUCGACAAAGAUUUUCAAAAUGAUGAAGGUAACGCCCUAUAUUGGGCUAUUAUCGAUGGAUAUAUAAAAUGCGUGGAAGUUUUGCUUAAGCAUGGCGCGAAAUUAGCCAUAUCUGAUGAUGGUGACAGUUCGGACCCAUUGACUCUGGCUGUAGAAGUAAAUAACCUAGACCUGGUUAAAUUCUUAUUGGAGGAAGAUAUCAGUGCACUGCAGUGCAACAAAAAAACUCUCGAAAUCAAUGUAGUUAAAUCAUGCUUGAAUUCUGCUAUUCGUCAUGGGCACAAAGAAGUGGCGAAAUUAUUAAUAGAAAAGUGCCCAAGUUUUAAAAACGCGAAAUAUGGUGAUGAUGAAAGUCUUCUACAAUUUUCGGCUAAAAAUAGUAAUUUAGAAAUGUGUCAAUGGCUUGUUGACGAAGAAGGGGAAGACGUGAACACUUUGCGACCAAGUGGAGAACCAAGAGAUUGGUCCCGAAAAGACAAAUUAUGCAUGGACCAUUACUUAAUUCUGCAGAAUGUGACGGACGAAAGAGGAAAAACUGCUCUUCACUGCGCUGCGGAACAUGGAUAUCUUGAACGUGUCCAGGAGUUGAUCAAUUCUGGCGCAAAUGUUCGAGCUGUAGACAAAAAUGGAUGGAAUGCAUUGCACUUUGCUUGCAAAAGUAACAGUGAAGAAAAAGAGGACGUGAUUCGAUUGUUGCACAGCACUGAUAGUCAGCUGUCCAUGGAGAAAACCAAAAGUGGCAAAACAGGGCUGCAUAUUCAUCUUCUGAAAUCCAGCCAUUGGUUGGAUUGGCAAAAAGUGCGUUUUCUUGUCGAAGAGAUUGGAGUUGACGUUAAAGCAAAGGACAACAAUGGCUGCACUGCGUUGCGUAUUGCAUUUGACAAAGGACGUCAUUUCUUGGACUAUUUGAUGGAAAAAGAUAUCGACCUGGAAGUAAAAACCAAACAGGGGCGAACGUGCCUGCAUUUUGCCGCUGAAAGGGGUGAUUUAGAGGCUCUGCAAACUUGGAUAGAACUGGGUGGAGACUUCAAUGUGGUUGAUGAAAAAGGGAUGACUGCGUUGCAUAUUGCUGCUGAACGCGGACAUUUGCAAUUUGUGAAAAAGAUUUUAGACUGCGCGACCGAGGAAGUCCAAAAUCAAGAUCUUGGCGAGGGUUGUGUUGGAUCUAAACUGAAAGAGAGAUUAAGCAGAUGUGACAGUAAAGGAAGGACAGCACUGCACCUUGCUGCUGAGUCAGGAAAUGUUGAUUUGGUGAAAAUAUUGCUUGAAAAUGCCGCAGAUUUAACUCUAACGGACCUGGAAGGAAAGAAUGCAAUCCACUUCGCUAUCAGAAAUGAAAGAAUGUUACGAUUCCUCAAUGAGAAGAACGGAGAUCUUGUAAAGCAGUGUACAAAAUAUGGAGACACAACUCUACAUCUGGCAUUGGAUUUUCAUUUCAAUAAAACGGAAGAUGACGAACAAAUUGCUCUGUGGAUUAUAGGACAAGUAGACGACACUGUUUUAAACGCGAAAAAUGCUUCUGGCAAAACACCACUCUUACUGGCUUGCAAUUACGAGUGGUGGAUGGUCGCCAAAUUGCUGCUGACCAGAAAUGUUGAGGUCAAUGUCUCGAACUGGUGUGGAAAAACUGCAAUGCACUACGCCGCAGCAGAAGGAAACUUGGAUUUAGUGAAGCUUUUGCUUGAGAAAGGUGCGGAUUUGACUCUAACAAACGACGAAGGAAUGAACGCAUUGCACCACGCAAUAAAUAAUAUGGAGGUAUUUUUAUUUCUUCAAGAGAAAAACAAUGCUUUGUUGAAACAGCGUUUGAAAAACGGAAAUACAAUCCUUCAUAGGGCAGUCAUGGAAUUAUCCGAUGGAACUAAAGUAAUUCCUUUGAUUCUUGAACAAAGCGAAAAUGACUUGAAUGCAACAAACAGCGAGGGUGAGACACCGCUUCUGCUGGCUUGCAAGAGGAGAAAAUGGAUUAUUGCUAAAAUUUUGCUAGCAAAAACCAUUGAUAUAGAUACGAAAGAUAAAUAUGGAAGAACGGCCUUGCACUACGCAGUUAACUGGUGGAGUAACUCUGAUAUAAAAGAAUUACAUGCUUUUUAUCUUGUGGAAGAGUUGCUAGGGAGAGGCGCAGAUUUGGCUUUGACCGACAACGACGGGAAGAACGCAUUUCACCAUGCGAUUAAAAACUUUCAUAUGGCCUUAUUCAUUCAUGAGUUGAAUGGUGAUUUGGUUAAACAGCGUUUGAACAAUGGAGAUACCUCUCUGCAACUGGCAAUCAAUUUACACGGAUAUGACAUCAAUGAUAACAUUCUUAUUUGGCAUAUUGAGCAAUACUUGAAUGUAACAAACAGCAAGGGUACGACACCGCUUAUAUUGGCUUGCAAGAAUGGAAUGUGGAUUAUUGCCAAAAUUUUGGUGGCUAAAAGCGCUGAUAUAAACGCGAAAGAUAAAAAAGGAAGAUCAGCCCUGCACUACGCCGUUAAUUUGGAUGGAAUCCAUCGACUCGAAGAUUUAUCUGCUUUUGAUUUGGUGCAAGAGUUAUGCAAAAGAGGCGCAGAUUUGGCUCAGACAGACAACGAAGGGAUGAACGCAUUUCACCAUGCGAUGAAAAAUUAUGACAUGGCGUUAUUCAUUCACGAGUUGAAUGGUGACUUGGUCAAACAGCGUUUGAACAAUGGAGACACCACUCUGCAUCUGGCAAUUAAAUUGAACGAAGACAACUGGAAUGACAAUUUCGGCCAGCGCUCGUGGAUGUGGACGCCGAAGUUUCUGUUGGCCGCUGACCUGGCCCUGAACCUGCACCGGCUUGCCAGAAAGCAGGACGCAUCGAGUUCACCACCACACCCUGAGACCUGGCCGGCGACGUCACCAGGGCGGUUGCCCGACGCUCCUGAUUUGCAAAAUUAA